AUGCCUUACAACAAUAAUGGUAACGAAAAACCACCUCUUCGUCAGGCUUUAGAUCCUAUCUCAUCUCCUUACAUGUCAUCAAUCAACGGGACUUUGUCAAUAGCGAAAGAAGUAUUGAUGGGCUCGUUCCAAUCUGAACAUCGCAGAUCAGAAAGUACUAGAAUCCUAUCUGAUCUUGCACCAUCACUCAUGCAACCUCGAUUCUUGAACGCUGCUAAUACAUAUGGACCAUCAAGAUCACUUGGUAAACCGCCCAGUAGACCAAAUUCAUUACUUCGAUUACCCACUUCCCUUCCACAAGGUUUAUCGAAUAUUGGUACUCAACAAACUUCCUCUUCUUUAGCUAUCCUAGAGGCUGUCGAUCGGCUAUCUUCGCUGUCGCUGGAUAAUACAGGUUCUGGAAGCCAAGAAGAAAUUCCAAGUCUGAUAAAGGGUUUCAAAGCUACCAUACCUUCGUCGGAAUUAGCAAAGCAACGUAGAAGAUUGAUUAGAGGCGGAUUGGUUGAUCAAGAUAUGGGAUCGGAGAAACUGGGUUUGAAGAGAUUGGGAGAUAGGGCUCGAGGACUUCUGACAGAAAGAGGAGAAGAGGAGGAUGACGUAUCUGAAUUAGGCGUCGGGAAGAAAGCUAAGAGAAGGAAGAGACAGAGGGAAAGUAGAAGGAUAAGUGAAGGUAGACAUUUAGAAGGGAAAUUAAAUUUGGAAGAUUUGGUUCAACAAGCAGAUGAGAUACAACAGGAUAAGGAGAAUCUUCACGUCAGACAGUCCCUCAUCCACGCGGAAAUACUGGAAGUCGCAGCGAAAAUCGAUGUUUUGGAAGAUAUACGUCGGCGGCUGGAAACUUCCCUGUUACACCUGCAAGAAGAAGAUUUGGAAUUAGAUGAUGAGUUGGAAGGUGUUCAAGAGCUGAUGGCUUCCCCAGCUAUCAAGUCUGCAGCUGGCACCAGAGCUUUACCAUCAUCUACAGCCGCAGCUGUCAGUAAGAAAAGCUCAAGAAGGAGGAAAGGUCCUGCGUUCUUACCUUCAGAACAUGAUGAUUUACCUUCUGGAGUUGCCUUUAUGACCUUGAAUGGACAUGCUGCACCUAUAACUGCCUUAGAUUUCAACGAACCAUAUGGAAUGCUCGUGACAGCAGGUCAAGAUGAUAUAGUUAAAGUAUGGGAUUUAUGCGAUGGAGAAGAAAUGGGACAACUCAGGGGUCACACAGGUCUUGUGAAAGCUCUUCAAGUGGAGGACACUUUAUGUUUGACUGGAGGCGCAGACGGUACAGUGAGAUUAUGGGACUUGAGGAUGGUAGAAGACUACGAAGAAAGGCUACAGUCACAGCUUGAGGAGCUGGCCAGACAAGAUCCAUUGGAAAGGAUAGCAGGUCAAAGAGCUGCUGCUGAAGAAGGUAGAGAGGAAGAAGAAUUUGAAUGGGAAGAAGGUCCCAGUGGUAUUACACAAGCUAGUCAAAUCGAGAUCAGCAGCCCUUGCGUGCGAACUUUGGAAGGACAUAGCAAGAGUGUGACAGCAUUAUACUACGAGGACGGCUGUUUGGUCACCGGAUCAUCGGACAAGACCAUUAGACAGUGGGAUGUCGCCACUGGACAAUGUAUUUUAACGAUGGAUAUAUUAUGGGCAAUCUCAAAUCCACCUCCUGCACCUGUAGCGGCCCCAGCUCCGCCUCCUAGACUCAAGCAUCGAUCAUCGACCUCCUUUGGCUCAAUACACUACGACGAUAUUCUUCCUUCACCUGGAGCUUCUUUUGCCGGCAUGUCGGGUUCAAGCUUGCUGAGUGCAGUCGCGGGAAACCACUUCGCAAUUCCAACACCACCAUACGCAGAUGGCUCAUGGGAGAUGUAUCAAGAUUUCGUGGGUGGAGUCCAGUUCUGGGGUUAUGCUUUGGCCAGUGGAAGUGGAGACGGUGGAGUCCGAAUGUGGGAUAUGAGAACCGGUCAAGCCCAUAGAACUCUAGUUGGACAUACAUCACCUGUGACAUGUCUUCAAUUCGAUGAACUCAACAUCGUUACGGGCAGUUUAGAUAAAACCAUUCGAAUAUGGGACUUACGAAUGGGACAAGCUGCCGAAGUCCACAAAUUUGAAUAUCCAGUCACAGCUCUUCAAUUCGAUAGUAGAAAAGUCGUGGCAUGUACAGGAGAAAAUGGAGUCGAAGUGUAUAAUAGAACGACACAUCAACAUUCAAGAUUGAUUACCAAUGGACAUAUCAAGCCUGCUGAAAAGAUGAGAUUCAUAGAUAAAUACCUGGUUUCAGGUGGUAGAGAUGGUUCUGCGAAAGUCUGGGCCAUGUAA